UCGACGAGCAGCUCUUCUCCAGGCCACCACGGCCGCCCUCGGGACCGACCCCUGCCCUGUGCCCUGCAUCUUGCUCAUCCCGCAAACGCGACGUGAACGAUGGCCGACAGCGAAUUUGAGGAAUUCCGGCAGUACUUUGAGAGGCUGCCCCAGCACCUGAAAGCGCCGCUCUCUAACUACACGCUCGUGCAUGAUGUGAUGAUCGAUGAUUCGCCCACAUCCUCGCAAGGAAGCGACGGAGAAGUCGGCAGGUCCUGCGACGCCGUCACCGGCGAUUCCGAAGAUGAAGAAGUAGUCGUUAUACACCGGCACGAUAAUCAAAGCGGACACACCACCCCCGAUGACAGUGAAGAAUUGGAUCAUCACUGCUCGAUUAUAGCUGACAGCGAUUUUAGGUUGGUAACGUCCUUGUUCGGUGGACUGAGCAGCAGGGGUCGAUCGGUAGGCGGCGGCGGACCAGGACCGGGCGGGGGUGGCAUUACGGUAUCCGGCAACGGAGGUCGGGACAGCGUUGUUAGCGACGUCGGCGAUUCGUGUUCCAGUUUGAACUCCUGGCCUACGCCAGAGCAUGUACCGGCGAAUCGACCCGGGAGCGGCGGUACUGAGCGCAGACGUCGGAGAUUGCCGGAAAUUCCGAAAAACAAGAAAUCUCUGCCCAUGUGUCAGACGUCCAUGCAGACGUCGUCCUCGUUGGCAGAUGAGUUGAGUGCCGCCACCGGUUCGACAUCGGCCCGGCCUCAUCUUGUCUUAAGGAAAUAUCAUCCCAGACUCCGCCAUGAAGACAGUUCACCCGACAGUGAAAGGAUGGCUACCGAUAGCGGCCAUUCCACCGCUCAUUCCCCCGAUAACGGUCCCAAAAGUGUAUCGCCUAUACCUUGCAAUACUCUGCAGAACACGGAUUCAGCGUCGCCCAGCAGUACUCCAGGAAGCGGAGGCGUUCCGUUUACCCAACUGGAAUUGCUCGAGGCGACGCAUCGAGGUCUGCAUAAGUUCAUACCGCGGCAUCAUGACGAAAUUGAUCUUGAAAUCGGAGACCCUAUAUACGUGCAAAAGGAGGCUGAUGACCUCUGGUGUGAAGGCGUGAAUUUGAGGACAGGCCGGCAAGGUAUUUUUCCGUCUGCUUACGCAGUCGACAUGGAAUACAGCGAUUUCGAUCCCACCGCGCCCAAGGUGAAGAGAGAAAGAUAUCUUCUGGGUUACCUGGGCUCGGUGGAAACCCUGGCGCACAAGGGUACAGGAGUGGUUUGCCAGGCGGUACGAAGGAUCCUUCGCAACUCCUCGCAGGAUCCGCCUAUUUCGCAGAGCUGCAUUCUGGAGGUGUCCGAUCAGGGUCUUCGAAUGGUGGAUAGAAGUAAACCACGGAAGAGUCAGGGUCCCUGUCACGACUAUUUCUACUCGUUGAAGAACGUAUCGUUUUGCGCGUUUCACCCUCGCGAUCAUCGCUACCUCGGCUUCAUCACGAAGCACCCAACUCUGCAGAGGUUCGCUUGUCACGUGUUCAUCGGUCAGGAUUCUACGAGACCCGUCGCCGAAGCUGUCGGACGCGCUUUUCAUCGGUUCUACACGAAAUUCAUCGAGACUGCUUUCCCGAUAGAAGAUAUCUACAUUGAAUAAAUUGCUCUCGGCCUGACGUAUAGCGGCUGCGGACAAAAUAAUCUCACUUCCCCCUGUCCCCUGUACAUAUUGCCCGCUAGUUGUAGAUAUAAAGAAAUACUAAACGCGAAUCAAACACCCAAUUUAUACAUAUAUUGAACAUAUGUAUAUCUAUGUGUACUAAGCGUUUUUGAGAAGCGUCACGACGGGCUCAAUCCUCCGUUCAUUCUCUCGUCAUCAUUCUUUUUUCCAUUUGUCGUUUAUCAUUGUUUUUGUUUUAAGUAAACGAAAAAUGGCUAACAAAAUUAUUUAGAUUUUUUAUCACAGGCAUCGUGUAAAAUUAAAAAUAUACGGAAAUGUUAUUCGUAUAACAGAAAUAUUAGCGAGAAUAUCGACGAGAAUUUUUCUUUCUAGAUGUAAAAAUUUAUUGCUAGAGUGUUUUCCGUUAACGAAGAGACGGCAGAAUAAAAUGAAUAUAAAAUAGACUGAGUAGGUCUGCAGAGAAGAGAAAUACUGACGUUUUAAUGCUUAACGAGAAUUGAUCUGUUUUCAAAAUUGAUAAGUUUGAUUUCUGCAAUAUUUUCACAGUUGAAAACAGCGAUUUUUGCGACUUAUUUUAAUCGUUUAGCAGCUAGUGUUCCUGAUAGAGAACAUUUAAUGCUAAUUUUAUUGUAACUCCGCUAUUUUCUUUUAUAUAUUUGUUAAAAGAAGAAUCUAUAUUGAUUUUUUAAAUG